UCAUUCUACCCUCUUCCUCUCUCCCUCUUUCAAAAUUUCUAACACUAGCAAUUAUCAUGAAAGCAGAAGAACAAAGUAGUUUUUCAAAUAAGUUUCAUCAUUAGGCCUUUUUCAGGUUCAUAACAUGGUGUUCAUCAAAGUAUUUUGGCUUCUUUUUCUUCGGCAUUUGGUUUUAAGUUCCGGGUAUGCAAGUUUAGCCCAUCACAAACAUUUUCACCACUCGUUGGUCACAGACAAGGCUGCUCUAAUGGCGUUCAAAAGAGCCAUAACAUUGGAUCCAAAUUCAACACUGGCUAACUGGGAAGAGUCAGGAGAUGUCUGCAACUUCGCCGGUGUCUUCUGCGACAAACCCAAGCACCGCGUAGUUCGACUUGUCCUUGCAGAAUGUGGACUAGUUGGACCUCUCUCGCCCUUUCUCUCGAAUCUGACAGGCCUUCGAAAGCUACUGCUUUACGAUAAUUACUUUUUUGGUAUCAUCCCAUCUGAUUUCUCCAACCUCAGAAACCUGCAUUUUCUCCAGCUUGAUGGGAACAAUUUACAGGGCUCAAUCCCAGAGUCCUUUGCCCUUUUUUCUAAACUCACUUUAUUAAUGAUUAAUGAUAACAAUUUAACAGGCACACUUCCACCUUCCUUCUUUUCAAACUGUACUACUCUUAAAAAUGUAGACUUAUCUCGCAACUUUUUCUCAGGAAAAAUUCCUCAGGAAAUAGGAAACUGUCCAAAGCUUUGGAACCUGAAUUUAUACAACAAUCAGUUUACAGGACAGCUUCCUGAAUCUUUAAUCAAUACUUCAAUGGCUAGUUUGGAUGUGGAGUAUAAUUAUCUUUCUGGUGUUUUGCCUUCAGAAAUUUUUGGGAAGUUGCAUACACUUGAACAUCUUCAUUUAUCUUUCAAUAAUAUGAGUAGUCAUGAUAACAACACCAACCUUGGCCCCUUCUUCGGCGCCCUGGAAAAUUGCACCAAGUUAACUGAGCUUGAAUUGGCUGGCAUGGGAAUUGGAGGAACAUUGCCUAACUCUAUUGGCAGACUUAAUUUAACAAAUUUGUUACUGCAAGAAAACAAGAUCACAGGAUCAAUUCCUCCGGGUAUAGGGAACAAUGCCUAUCUGAUAUCUCUGAAUUUGACAUCGAAUCAGCUAAAUGGAAGUAUUCCGGCAGAGAUUAGUCGGCUGUCGAGAUUGGAGCAGCUUUUCUUAUCAUUCAACUUGUUUUCUGGAGAAAUUCCUGCAGCAUUAGGCCACCUACCUCACUUGGGUCUGCUUGAUCUUGCUUUCAAUAAUUUCUCUGGUGAAAUUCCUGCAAGUCUAGGAAAUUUAGUCCAAGUGAACUCUCUGUUUCUCAACGACAACCUCCUUUCAGGUUCAAUACCGAAAACACUAGGACAGUGCACAGAUCUCUACAAGCUAGACUUGUCCUACAACAAGUUGACAGGGAGCAUUCCACCAGAAAUUUCAGGUAUAAGAGAAAUCAGAAUAUUUCUAAACCUCUCACAUAAUCAACUUGAAGGGCCACUGCCAAUUGAGCUUAGCAAGCUGGAAAAUGUUCAAGAUAUAGACCUUUCUUCAAACAAUUUUACUGGUAAUAUCUUCCCUCAGAUAUCAAACUGCAUUGCUUUGAGGAUGAUAAAUUUGUCCCAAAAUUCUCUUGAGGGGCACCUUCCGGAUACUCUACGUGAUUUCAAGAACCUCGAAUCGAUUGAUCUUUCGGGAAACCAUUUAUCUGGAAAGAUCCCAGUUAGCCUCAACAAGGUUCACACCCUUACCUUCAUCAAUUUUUCCUUUAAUGAGUUUGAAGGUAUGAUUCCCUCUGGAGGCAUCUUUGAGUCAGUAACAAAUAUGUCAUUCUUAGGCAACCGGCAUCUUUGUGGGAAGGUUCCAGGCAUGCCUAUUUGCUCUCAAAAGCGACAUUGGUUUCAUUCACAGAUGUUCCUGAUUAUAUUCCUCAUAGUCAUAAGCAUAUCUUCAUUCUUGUCAACAAUAUGUUGUGUCAUUGGGUACCGACAAAUUAAAGUAAUGAUUUCCUCUCAAGCUGUAAAAUCUGAAAGGAGAAGAAAGCAAACAACACUGGAUUUGAUUCAUAACUUCCCAAGAAUUACAUACAGAGAACUCUCAGAGGCCACUGGAGGAUUUGAUGAGCAGAGACUUGUUGGAACAGGUAGCUAUGGGCGCGUUUAUAAGGGAGCUCUUCCGGAUGGAACAACAAUAGCAGUCAAGGUCUUACAUUUGCAAUCUGGAAAUUCGACAAAGAGUUUCAACAGAGAAUGCCAAGUUUUAAAGAGGAUUCGCCACCGGAACCUGAUAAGGAUCAUAACAGCUUGUAGUCUACCAGAUUUUAAGGCGCUUGUUCUUCCAUAUAUGGCGAAUGGGAGCUUGGACAGCCGUUUGUAUCCACAUUCAGGAUCAAGUUUGGGUUCAGGCUCCUCAGAUUUGACUCUGACUCAGAGGGUGAAUAUUUGCAGUGACAUAGCUGAAGGGAUGGCCUAUUUGCAUCAUCAUUCUCCUGUUAGAGUCAUACAUUGUGAUCUAAAGCCGAGCAACGUUCUUCUCAAUGAUGAACUGACAGCUUUGGUUUCCGAUUUCGGAAUUGCAAGAUUGGUGAUGACAGGCGGUGUAGGAAAUGCUGCAAUGGUUGAGAACAUGGGAAACUCUACUGCUAAUAUGUUAUGUGGUUCCAUUGGAUACAUAGCACCUGAAUACGGAUUUGGAUCAAACACAUCGACAAAAGGAGAUGUUUACAGCUUCGGAGUUCUAGUCCUCGAAAUGGUGACUAGAAAAAGACCAACAGAUGAAAUGUUUGUCAGUGGAUUAAGCAUGCACAGAUGGGUGAAAAGUCACUACCAUGGAAGGAUGGAAAAAGUUGUUGAUUCUUCAUUGGUGAGAGCUUCAAGGGAUCAGUUCCCUGAAGUGAAAAGAAUGUGGGAUGUUGCAAUAGGAGAAUUGAUUGAAUUGGGAAUUCUUUGCACACAAGAGUCUCCUUCUACUAGACCUACAAUGCUUGAUGCUGCCGAUGACUUGGAUCGCCUCAAGAGAUACCUUAGCGGCGACACCACAGCCACAUUUGCCUCUUCUCUCGGCAUUUCUUCUUCUACACUAGGCGAUGACUAACAGCUCGCCGAUAUUUCUUGUAUAUACAUUAUGUUUCCAUUGGUUAUCUAAAUUACUUUCGCAUUCA